GCAGAUUUGUUAUCCCAGUGGAGGAUAAAAAGCUGUUCACUCACCCUGGUGUGGCUGCAGCUGCGGCUGGAUACCUUCUGCCUUUAGAGAAAGGCAAGUCUGUACAGAGAACUCAAUAGAGGAAUGUGAUAUUGUGUAGAAAGGCUGUGGUCAAUGGCUUCAAUCAAAAACAUCCCUUAUGGAUUCAAUGGAAAUUAUGAGACUGUCAUAAAAAUCAUUGGGAGCAAAUAUGUCAAAUACCUGGUAGAAAAACCUGAGCACAAAGCAAAAGAUGGUGUGAAAGCUGAAACCAAAUCCAUGUUGAGAACAUUAUCCCCAUGUCAUACAAGAAAGAAACAUGGAAACCCUUCAGAUGUUAAUAAGCCUCCUUGUCAACAAAUCAAUUAUAAGCUAAAUAAUGAACAGGACAAAAGUGAAAAAGAAGGACUCAACAAGUCUCAACAAGCAAAGACAAACAAUGACCAGUUUGUGGACAUUGAAGGUCUAAACCUUCCAAAUUCAUAUUGUGUCUCUGUUCCCUCUGGAGAUAAGUCUUUGUCCUACAUGCACACUCUUCAAAAGCCAUCCAUUGGAGCCCAGACUUUAAGGCAACAUGGAAAAAAACAGGACACCAUGCAAAAGCCAACUGAGACAUAUGAAGACAAUGAUUCCCUUCUGACAUUCCUUAAAAAGGAACUGGAGCCAUAUCCUUUGAGUCUGAUUACACUGGAAAAACUUCAGGAAGCAUGUAAGGUUUUGGAUCCCAGAGUUUCAGGGCUUCUUCCUCAGACACAGCUGAGCCACCUUCUUCUAAAGCAUGAAAUUCCUCUGCAACUACCAACAGUCAAACUCCUGUUCAAGACCUUUUCCAAGGCAAAUGACCGAGAACUGGUAAAUUAUGAAAACCUGGUCCACUGCUUAACUCUAGUGGCAGCAAGUAAAAUGCAGAAUUCAGGAGUCUUUCCACAAAAGAGACAAAACACAAAAAAUCACAGUGAAAGUUUUUGGACUCCAGAAUAUGCAUUCCUGGUCUUGAAGCAAAUAUUGAAGGAACAGAAGAAAGAACUAGACUUAGGAAAACUAAGUCUGAGUUUUCUGCAACAAGACAACAGUUGCUCAGGUCUUCUUUCAUUGUCUGAGACAGCGCUGAUUUGCAAAAAGCAUGAACUAACUCUUCCUCCUGGAAUUCUGGAAGCUUUGGUUAGCACUUAUGACAUUGGUAGAAGGGGCAAUAUACGAUGGAAAUCAUUUGUGGAGUUUCUAAAGGAAGUUCAGGAUGGGAUAGAUCCUUCCUUGCUUGUUUACAGAAAAGGAAACAAGGGAAAAAUUGAAGAUGACACUCAGCUGGAUAAAGGAGAGCACACCAAAACUUGGGAGCAAGAAAAAGAUUAUUCAUCUGACCCCAGUGAUUCUGAGGAACGAGAUGAUUGGAUAGACCGGUUCAGGAAACUGGAGAAAGCUCUCUAUUUGUCUGAUGUCAAAAACACAGGCAAGUUGAACAGAGAAAAGGCCAAACGCUUGAUCCAUAACUACAACCAAAUUUAUGAUCUGUGCCUUAGUCCACUGAAAAUUGACAAAGCCUUUCAACAUUCCCGUCCUGGUCAAGACAUGCCAUUGGAACCUCUGCUGCAUUAUUUAAAGGAGCUGUAACCUGUUUUUGUACUAUGGUUCACAUGACUGUAUUUCUCUUUUAUCUUAUGCUUAAUCACUUAUUGACAUUAUGUCUGAUUCAGUAUCUGUAAAGUUGUCAUUUCAUGCUAAUUCAAUAUUGAAUGCUAUGUCUGAGUGAAUUUCAAU